CUCGAAAAGUGGUAGUAUCAUCUUCUCCCGUCCAACUUACGCAGUUCUUUAUAUACACACACACACACACACACACACACUCAGUCACUCGCUUUCCCAAAACGCCAAUCGAAGCUCUACUUCACAUUUCAGCGUCUCACUCUAUUUCGAGGGUUAACAUGUCUAACGGAGAAGGGAGUGGAAAGAACACGGGGUUCUCUCAUCCUCAUGUAGUUCUCAAUGAGAGAAUCCUCUCCUCGAUGUCACGAAGAUCUGUUGCGGCUCAUCCAUGGCAUGACUUAGAAAUAGGGCCAGGUGCACCGGCAGUUUUCAACUGUGUGAUUGAAAUUGGAAAAGGCAGCAAAGUUAAGUACGAACUUGACAAGACAAGCGGCCUAAUAAAAGUUGAUCGAGUUUUAUACUCAUCAGUUGUUUAUCCACACAACUAUGGUUUCAUCCCACGAACCCUUUGUGAAGAUAGUGAUCCUAUGGACGUCCUGAUACUGAUGCAGGAACCUGUACUGCCUGGUACUUUCCUUCGUGCUCGUGCUAUUGGACUGAUGCCUAUGAUUGAUCAGGGUGAAAAGGAUGACAAAAUUAUAGCAGUAUGUGCCGAUGACCCUGAGUUUCGCCAUUGCAAGGAUAUCAAGGAUCUUCCUCCACACCGCCUUGCCGAGAUCCGACGCUUCUUCGAGGACUACAAAAAGAAUGAGAACAAAUCAGUUGCGGUUGAUGAGUUUCUGCCGGCUGAUGCUGCUAUUGAAGCUAUCAAAUACUCCAUGGAUCUGUAUGCUUCUUACAUUGUUGAAAGCUUGAGGCAGUAAUUCGCUCCGCGACCUGAGUUAGCUGUUGCAUGACCAAUGAUCUGAAAUCCUGACAAACUUCCGGUGCUUAUAUAUUAGUAUGAAUUUUGUUAUGUGACUGUUAUGGCGUUAUAUGUAUUUAAAUAUGUUUUCGAGUGCUGUAUAAGCUUCUGAAAAAUAAAAAAUAAAAUGGCCACUCGGAAGUUUUAGUAGUGUUACAAUUCGACAACCGGUGUAGCCUUCCUCAUCCAUUGCCAUUUUAAUAUUCACGAGGAAAGUUAGAUGACACUUUUGUUCAAGUCAUUUUUAUUGCUUGAUGUGAGUUAGGUUGCUUGGGGAAAAUAGUUGUGAAGUUAUAGAAAUGCUUGAAUUUGUGGUGAAAUUAAGAACAUAAUUGAGCUCUUGCCUAAGCAAGGAAACGUGUGCUUAAAGUUUCAUUCA